UUGAAAAGGAAGAAUUUCAAGAAAGCCAGCCAAUUUGGCCAUUAUGGAGGAUGGACAAAGUUGUUCCACGAAGCAUGAACAGCUCUGAUCGUUAUGUAGGGUUAAUUCUUCCAUCAUCAUGGCGCAUGCUCACCACCACUUGCAUUUGCAGCAGGUAAAAGGAAAGCUAGCUUCCCCCCACCAUUAAUGAGCCUCCAAAAUGGGUGAAACAGAAUAGUAGCGUGCCGGGGACGGCAGCUGAUGAGCAGGCGACGAGGCUCCUCGCCGGCACAAUUUUGACUAAUUUGCGCUACUACAACACAGCUGUGUAUUUUUCAAUUGCCGGCCCCACUUGGUUCAAAGGCUUUAAUGAUAUUAUAUAAUUUUGGGGUUACUUUGUCUCCCUCUUUCUGUAAUCUGCAGUGUGAAAAUUCUCCGGUUGCAGGUGAUUUGAAUAGAAAAUCAAUUUCCCCUGUUGCUCAGCUGAGCUCCUACUGUCACUGCCCUUCUUGGCUUCUUCCCUUCCCUAUCUUACUCCGAGAGCAUUAGAUUUCAUAAUUUAAUUAAUGGGAGAUCUUUCGGCUUGUUAAACAAUUCGAUUGUUUGAAAAAGAAAUUGGCGGAUUCGGGAACUGGGUAGUCUGCUUAGGGAGGGAAGUGAGCGGGGGGAGAAGAAAAAAGAGGCAGCAUCAGCAUCUGAGUAGAAUAGAACUGGGAGGGGAAUAAGAAGAGAGACACAGAAGAAAACAAAGUUUGGGAGAAAGAAAGAUAGAAAGCAGAAAGACUUUUGUUCUCCUCCCAAGCUUUGGAUCCUCGGUCGUGGAGGAGAUGUACUGUGGUGGUGGGAUUGAUCGAUUGUGGGCUCAUUCGAUGCUUUUCGGAUAUGAAAGUUUUAUGAGAGAUAAUGACACUUAAGGCUCGGAUUCAGAACUGGAGGCUUCGGUUUAGCGUGAGGUUCGGGAAAAUGAUGAAGUGUAUGCGCUCUGGGGAGCAGUUAAGAGUUGAUGAUAUGGCUGCUUCCUCGUCGGAGUCUUUGGCAACUAAGGACUAUUCAGCAAGUGGCUAUUCUUCUCGGGCCGCUGAGCCUGACUCCAAGCUUGAUAAUAGCAACAUUGAAGAAGCAGAGUUGUCCCUUCGCGAGAGUGGGUUUUUGAAUUACGAGGAAGCAAGAGCAUUGUUAGGGAGGCUGGAGUAUCAAAAGGGAAAUAUUGAAAGCGCACUUCAUGUCUUUGAAGGAAUAGACAUAGCUGCAGUGACUUCUAGGAUGAAAGUUGCACUAUCUAAGAAAAUUGAUCAUCAGAAUAGGCGACGGUCCCAAAGUGAUCCUGCUCCACCAAUGUCCAUGCAUGCCAUCAGCUUACUUCUCGAGGCUGUUCUUCUCAAGGCAAAAUCAUUGCAGGGUCUUGGGAGGUUUUCAGAGGCUUCUCAGUCCUGCAAAAUAAUUUUAGACACUGUUGAGUCUGCAUUGCCAGAUGGUGUAUCAGAACAGGUUUCUACUGAUUGCAAGUUGCAAGAGAUUUUGAACAAAGCAGUGGAGUUGCUUCCUGAGCAAUGUAAGCUUGCUGGGGCGCCCGAAGAAGCUAUUGUAGCAUACCGGCGUGCCCUCCUCUAUUACUGGAAUCUGGAUACAGAAACAACUGCUAGGAUACAGAAAGAGUUUGCCAUUUUCCUUCUGUAUAGUGGUACUGAUGCAAUUCCUCCUACUUUGCGUUUCCAAAUGGAUGGUUCUUUUGUGCCAAGAAACAACAUAGAAGAGGCAGUCCUUCUGUUACUUAUUCUUUUGAGAAAAUUUGCGCUCAGGAAGAUUGGAUGGGAUCCAACAGUCAUGGAUCAUCUAUCUUUUGCAUUGUCUGUAUCGGGGGAUCUAAGGGCACUUGCUUAUCAAGUGGAAGAGUUGCUUCCAGGGACUACAGAAAGGCAAGAGAGAUUUUGUACACUGGCUCUUUGCUAUCAUGGGGAAGGUGAUAAUGAAGUUGCACUAAAUCUUCUAAGGAAUUUCCUAAAGGAUAGAGAAAGUAAGAGCUGCAACAUGGAACUAUUGCUUGCUUCUAAGAUAUGUGCAGAGAAUUCUAUGCAAGUUGAUGAAGGGAUUACUUAUGCAUGCAAAGCUCUUUGUGACCCUGGAAGAUGUGUCCAAAUAGCAAGCAUUAGUAACUGCCUUUUGGGUCUUUUACUUUCAAAUAAGUCAAGAUUGGUUGCUUCUGAUUCUGAAAGGGUUGUAAAGCAGUCCGAGGCAAUUGAGAAGCUUGAACUUGCCGAGAGACUGAUGAAAGAGAAAGACCCUUAUGUUGUAUAUCAUCUGGCCCUAGAAAAUGCUGAGCAGAGGAAGUUAGAUGCUGCACUGACUUAUGCAAAGCAGGCUUUGAGACUGGAAGCUGGCUCUUCUGCAAAAACAUAUGUGCUUUUGGCUAGGGUACUGUCUGCUCAAAAACGGUUUGCUGAUUCUGAGACUGUGAUCAGUGCUGCUAUAGAUCAGACUGGGAGGUGGGAUCAUGGUGAACUGUUGAGAACAAAAGCGAAAAUCCAAGUGGCACAGGGCCACCUAAAGAGUGCAAUUGAGACAUACACUCGCCUUCUCGCUAUUCUCCAAAGUAGCAGGACCAGUGAUAGGAAGCUGGAAAUGGAGACCUGGCAUGAUCUAGCUAACGUAUACACGAGCAUGUCUCAAUUGCGAGAUGCUGAGGUCUGCCUUUCUAAAUCCAUUGUUAUCAACCCGUAUUCUGCAUCAAGAUGGCACGCCACAGGUGCACUGUACGAAGCGAAGGAAAUGCACCAAGAAGCACUGAAAGCCUACAAGGCCGCGUUAGAUGCCGAGCCAUCCCAUGUCCCAAGCCUGAUAUCCACUGCUAGUGUCCUCAAAUUCCUCGGUGUCAACUCAUUGCCGGUCAUCAAAAGCUUCAUCACCGAUGCUCUUCGAUUCGACAAGCUGAACCAUUCCGCAUGGUACCAGCUUGGACUGAUCAAUCAGGCUGAUCCGAGUGCAUCAGCAGCCGAUGCUUUGGAAUGCUUUGAGGCUGCUGCUAUGCUGGAAGAAACUGCACCAGUAGAACCGUUCAGAUGACCCCGAUCGACUAGUGCACAGCUCUCGUCGGGGCUCUAUGAAGCACAGUUAAGUUGUAAAUUGUAACUUGAAGAUGCAUUUUUCCCCUUAUACAAUCUUGUCUUGCAUUAGUAGAUGUGAUAUAUAGAGGUGCAGAUACUAAUUAUUUGCCAUUGUUGUCUAAGUUUUCACAGCUUGGAGUGAUUUAUGCAGUCCACCUUUUUUUCUUCUUCUCUUUUUGAAAGAUUUCUUCAGAUAAGCAGAUGUAUGAUUGAUUGUAGAAAUAAUGGAUGUAAAUGUUUAUCAACUCCUUUUUAUCUUAUUUUAUAAGAAACAUAAAUCCUGUGUGAAGGUGGUUGGUUAUCUAUGGGGCGUGCCAGAAGAAUGACAGAACGAGCAAAUAGGAGGUUGGGAACAAAUGACCACAUGAAGCAUGCGUGAAGAUGGUUGGUGGGAGGUCUAAGGUAUUUUCGACGUUUUAUCAAACAUGUCCCUCUAUUAUUUUUUACAUCAAACAUGCCCCUGUACUUUGAAAAAAUUAUCAAACAUGCCAUUCU